AGUCGUAAUGCUGAGAGAGUGAUAGAGGAAGUGAAUGGGAGCAGAGGGCGAUUGAGUGAGAGGGAGGAAAAAAAAGCAAGCCAUUGAAAUCCAUUGCCUGCCGCAUACGUGCGGUGCCACACAAUAACAGUAGUGAUCCGGCUAAUGGGCUUUCGUUUACAUGGAGGGUUAGAUGUACCAAGCAGGAGUCCAUGGAGUCCCCUGAAGGAAAGCCAAUAAUCUACACUAUGGAGAACAAACCGAUUGCAACAUGUGCUGGGGAUCAAAAUGUAUUUACUGCCCUUUACCAAACACUUGCACGGGAGCUUCCACGGGAGCCGAUGGAGUGGAGGAGGUCUUAUGGUCGCCCACCAAAGAUGAUUCAUCUAGAGGCCAACUUUGUCCAAUUUAAAGAAGAACUGUUGCCUAGUGAAGGCAAUAAGGCUCUUUUGACUUUUCCAUUUCUACAUAUAUACUGGACAGAUUGCUGUGAUACAGAGGUUUACAAGUCUUCUGUUAAAGAUGACAUUACCAAAUGGCAGAAUAUUUUGAAGAAUUACAAUACAGUGGACUGGCUGAUUGUGUUAGUUGACAGUGAUGCCAAAAAGAAGAACAAAACCAACAUUCUUCCACGAACAUCAAUAGUAGAUAAAAUAAGGAGUGACUUUUGCAAUAAACAGAGUGACAGAUGUGUAGUGCUGUCAGAUCCUUUAAAAGAAUCCUCCCGCUCUCAGGAAUCUUGGAAUGCAUUCUUAAAUAAACUCAGGACAUUGCUUCUCAUGUCCUUUACAAAAAACCUUGGCAAAUUUGAAGAUGACAUGAGAACUUUAAGGGAGAAGCGAACAGAACCUGGUUGGAGCUUCUGUGAGUACUUCAUGGUUCAGGAGGAGCUUGCAUUUGUUUUUGAAAUGUUGCAACAGUACGAAGAUGCCCUGGUGCAGUAUGAUGAACUGGAUGCCCUGUUUACACAAUAUGUUGUUAAUUUUGGUGCUGGAGAUGGAGCAAAGUGGCUAAAAUCCUUUUGCCAGCCAGUGCGGAGCUGGAAUGGGUUAAUUCUAAGGAAACCUAUUGAUAUGGAGAAGCGUGACCUAAUACAAAAGAAUGGCGCAUCUCUUCUUGAUUUACGCAGUUAUCUGUUUUCUCGCCAAUGUACGCUGCUCAUUUUCUUACAGCGGCCUUGGGAAGUCACACAGCGUGCCCUUGAACUUCUCCAUAAUUGUGUUCAGGAACUCCGUCUUCUUGAGGUGUCAGUGCCUUUGGGUGCUCUUGAUUGUUGGGUCUUCUUAAGCUGUUUAGAAGUGUUACAGAGAAUAGAAGGCUGCUGUGACAGAGCACAACUAGAAUCUAAUUCAUCACAUACUGUUGGUCUUUGGACUUAUGCAACUGAAAAAUUAAAAUCCCUUGGAUACCUCUGUGGUCUAGCAUCUGAAAAUGGGCCCAAUUCUGAGGACUUGAAUAGAACUGUGGAUCUCUUAGCAGGACUAGGAGAAGAGAGACCAGAAACAGCUAGUAGCCUCCAAAGUCCAUACAAAAUACUUAAAGAAGCAUUAUCUUCAGUAGAGACUUUUGAAAAACAUUAUUUGCAACAGUCCUGUGCUGCUAUGGAAAUGUAUAAGACAAUUGGACGACUUAGAUCAGCUCGACUGAUUGGCAAAAGCCUUGCUGAGUUUUACAUGAGAAAAGGUGAUCCUCAGAAAGCAGAAACCUUUCUUCAAGAUGCUCUUAAAAUUUAUCUAGCAGAGGGCUGGGCUCUGCCUGUCACUCACACCAGAAAGCAGUUAGCUGAAUGCCAAAAACAACUUGGCCAAACUGAAAAUUACCUUCAGACAAGCAGUCUUUUAGCAAGUGAUGUUAAUCUCACUGAGGAGGAAAGAAAGCACUUUUGCCAAGAGAUCCUGAACUUUGCUAAUUGUCAAGAUGAUAAUCAAGUUCAAAAGAUUAUUUUAGGGAUGAGCACAUUUGCCCAACUGAAGGAACUACACUUUGAGCCUUCAUCGGCUGUUGUUCAUGUUGGCGGUAUCUUGAAUAUUGAACUGAGUCUGUUUAGCCAUAUGCCAGUUGCUGUGCUUCUGGAAAAUAUUGUAGCAAGUGUGCACUUUAGCAUUGAGAAGAGCAACUUCAGGAAGGCUACAGAAUGGCAAGGCAAACAGAGAAAAGUGUCUCUUGGCAGCAAUGGAAUUAUACACUUUCAAAGUGAUCCUCCUAUAGGCAGUCCAUGCCAGAGUAACAUGCCAUCGUUGGAGUUGUAUGAAAUGUAUGACAAGAGCCCAUCUGACAACUCAUUGAACUCAACGGGUGUCAUCUGCAAAAAUGUACAUUUGUUGCUUCGACGACAAGAAAGUGUCUCAUCCAUAGAGAUGCCAUCUGCAAUUUCUGUGGAAGAUGGAGCACAGUCACUAAGAGCGAAUAAUACUUUGUUACAACCUGGACUAAACAAGAUUGUUUUUAGUACACAGGCAAAAGACCCAGGAUUAUAUACUUUGCGGCAGCUUGUUGCAACUGUGGGCAGAGUGCAAUUUGUUCUUCCUCACAUAUAUCCCAUUGUGCAGUAUGAGAUCUAUUCUCAGGAACCUAAUCUGAAAGUAGAACCCUUAAAUGAUAAUCUUUUGGCAGGGAUUGCACAAAGAGUGAAAUUUACAUUAUUCACAGGCCAUUAUACUAUCAGAAAUGGAGAUGCGCUACAGCUUAGUAAUGCUGAUUCUUUGAUCAUUCUCUGUUCUGCCAAGUAUGUUGCCACAAUUCUUGCCAACACAGGAGAAAAGAUUAAGGACAGCACAUUGAUGGUUCAGUCCUCGGAGAAAGUGACAAGCAUAACUUUACCACUAGCUUCGGCUUAUCACAUUGUUGAGUUUGAGUUGGAGGUGAUGUGCCACAUUCCUUCCUCUAUUCCAAAAUCUGAGAGUGAGAGACUGACUAAUGGGGAGCUAUACCGGAAAACGAAAGAAAGACAUAACCCGGAGCUAUGUAUGGUGUCUCUUGAUCAAAAGAUAUCUAUUGAUUGUCCAUGGUCUAUUUAUUCUACGAUCAUUGCCUUGACUUUUUAUAUUCCCUUCAAAGUGAAGCAUUCUUUAUUGUCUGCUGGAAAAAGAAAAUAUAUUCAAGUGUGCCUUCAGAAUAUGUCUGAUGUGAGCUUUAAUUUGUCAGACCCACAGUUAAAGGAGAUCAUGAAGUACCCAAAUGUGAAUCUAAUUUCUAUGAAUCAGGAAAAUCAGCAGCAAAUUUUCAGUAAACAGAAUGUAUUCUAUCUCUGGGAGCUAAAGUGGAGCAAGGAACUUCCUUCCUGUUUGCAGUGCCAGCUAUCAGUCAUGUUCUCUCCUUCUUCAGAUGAAGAUGAGCCAAACUCACUGAAGCCAUACACACAUGAUUUUAUAAUGGAGAAUAUAUAUACACUAUACACUAUUAAAGCAGAAAUCUAUCCGUCUCUUGGCUCUGAACAUUGUAGGACUGGUUGUCUCUGCUCUCUUGAGGUCUCAAUUAUGCGAAUUGCUGAGCUUUUAGAAACUGAUCGCGAUGAAGCUCUAACUGAAUCAGAUGGUUUGUGUACAACAAAACUAAUGUAUGAAGUGGUUGACAACAGCAGUAAUUGGGCCGUUUGUGGGAAGAGUUCAGGUGUGAUUUCCAUGCCAGUGGCUGCCCGAGCUAUUCAUAAGGUCCAUAUGGAGGUGAUGCCACUUUUUGCUGGAAAUUUACCUUUCCCCACGGUGAGGAUUUUCAAGUAUUUGCCUCAUCAUUCAAUUCACAUGGCUCAGCCAGAUACUGACAGUUUGAUUGAAAAUGAUACUCUAUCUAUUGACAAGUCUCUAGAUGAGCAGGCAGACAGCAGUAGUAUUCGUAGCAGGACAAGUACUCACUCAGCCAGCAGUGAACACAAAGGACUACCUAUGCCCCGUUUGCAACCCUUCAGUAUUGGACAAGUCUUCAACAGUAGUGCUGGUAUGCAGGUCCUUGUUGUGCCCAGCAAGGAUGAUCAUGUUCUGGAAGUUAAUGUGACAUGAUGACAAUU